CUUUUAUUCUGCUCUGGCGGUGUGACGUCAUAAGGCUGCGCGCACUCACGCGUCUGUGAUUCGGCUGCAGAAAGGUGAUUUAAGUCCAUUAUCUCUCUGACUGACUCCCUCACCAGUGUGCAGAAACUACUGAACUAGGGAGCUGAUUGAGACGCAGACAGAGAUUUAGUUUGGACUUAUUUUUCUGCUGUUAAUUAUUCUCAUCUUAAACAGAAAAACUCAACUGUGAUCCACCAUUAUAAAGAUGGCCUUUAUUAAAGAGGAGCAUGAAGACAUGAAGAUUGAUGAAACAUUCAGAGUCAAACAUGAAGAUACUGAGAAAGAAACAGAUCUGAAAGAAGAGAGUGAAGAACUGAAUGAAAUACAAGAUAAAGAUCAGUUUAAGAAACACGAUUUCGUAACUGGACAAAAAUCAACAAGUCACUCACAGAUUGACACGACACAGAAUUUGACACAAAAAAGACCUAAAAAUACUGGAACUAGAUGUCAUUUCACCUGCCAACAAUGUGGAAAGAGUUUUGAUCAACAAGGAAAACUUCAAGUCCACAUGAGAAUUCACACCGGAGAAAAGCCUUACAGCUGCCAACAAUGUGGAAAGAGUUUCCCUAAAAGGGGAACACUUAAACGGCACAUGAUAGUUCACACUAGAGAGAAGCCUUUCACCUGCCCUCAAUGUGGAAAGAGUUUCAAUGAUCAUGGAAACCUUAAAGUCCACAUAAGAAUUCACACAGGAGAGAAAUCUUUCACCUGCCAACAGUGUGGAAAGAGUUUCAUUCUAAAAAGUUACCUUAAAAGGCACAUGAUAAUUCACACAGGAGAGAAGUCUUACCUCUGCCAUCAGUGUGGAAAGAGUUUCAAUGAACAUGGAAGCCUUAAAGUCCACUUGAGGAUUCACACAGGAGAGAGGCUUUUCACCUGCCAACAGUGUGGAAAGAGUUUCAAUGAAAAAGGAAUCCUUCAAAGGCACAUGAGGAUUCACACCGGCGAGAAGCCUUACAAAUGCCCUCAGUGUGGAAAAGGUUUUACCCGAAAAGGAAGCUUUAACAGGCACAUUAGAAUUCACACUGGAGAGAAGCCUUUCUCCUGCCCUAAAUGUGGAAAGAGUUUCACACUCAAAAACACUCUUAAAGACCACAUAAGAAUUUACACAGGAGAGAAACCUUUCAACUGCCAGCAGUGUGGAAAGCGUUUCAUUCAAAAAAGAUACCUUAAUGUCCACAUGAAGAUUCACACAGGAUAGAAGUCUUUCCUCCGCCAUCAGUGUGGAAAGAGUUUCAAUGAACAUGGAAACCUUAAAGUCAAUAUGAAGAUUCACACAGGAGAGAAGUCUUUCCUCCGCCAUCAGUGUGGAAAGAGUUUCAGUGAACAUGGAAACCUUAAAGUCAAUAUGAAGAUUCACACAGGAGAGAAGCUUUUCACCUGCCAACAGUGUGGAAAUAGUUUCAAUGAAAAAGUUAGCCUUAAAACGCACAUGAGGAUUCACACCAGCGAGAAGCCUUACACAUGCUCUGGGUGUGGAAACAGUUUUACUCAACAAGGAAGCUUUAAAAGGCACAUGAGGAUUCAUACUGGAGAGAAGCUUUAAACUCUCACACACUGUGUGGAAGAACUCAACAAAACUAAACCUUAGCUAUCAUAUGAACAGUUACACUAGUGAGAAGCUGUUUACAUUUGAUUAGUGUGGAAAAAACUUCAGAAAUAAAGUAACUUAAUGAGGCUUCACACUGGAGAGAGACCUUUCAUGUGUCCUCAGUUUGAAUUGUGUAUCACAAAUCAGAAAGAGUAAUAUCACAAUACCUGAGAAGGGUCUGGCUGCAGACUUGCACUUGCACUCUCAGACUUGCAUUUUCAGACACUUGUGCUUCCGCUAGCGACGUCACUUACAGUCUUUGUUUUUUUAUUUUGUUGUAUUUAUUGA